GAUAUAUGUUGUUGCUUCUCUUGCAUCUUUUAAGGAUUAUAUGGAAACAUCCAUUGGAAUAAGUGAGUUGCAUCGUUUACUUUGUUGUUGGUGAUUUGUUCUUCAAAUAUUUUAAAAGUUCGUAUAAACAAGUUCUCUUCAAAAUAUGUUUGAAGACAUUGUAGUAGAAGAAAAUAACUUAACAGUUCAACAAAGAAAUCCAAAGAAAUCAUGGAAAGAACGUGUGGAAUCCAUGGAAAAAGCUUGGAAAGACGUUUUUAAAACCCUCCUGAAUGACGUUUUUGCCAGACAGGCAUUUUAUAUUUCGCCUUGUGGAAAGUGUGGUUGUAAGCUGCCGAGGUUUGUCAUUCGAUGCAAAACUUGUUCCAUUUUCUAUUGUGAAGACUGUGAUUUAAAACACCACGAAAAACAUUUGUUUCAUCAACGAACGCUAGCAACAGCAACAUCGUCAACCUGUUUACUCGUCCACCAAUUUAUCAAUGCAAAGGGAGAACUAUUUUCAAAAGAUAUUUCAAUUCUUUGCUUUAAACCCGAAAAAUGCUCUAACUGUGAUGGCCAAGAACAGUUGGAAAUUUUACCAGGCGAUGAAAACAUAGCAGUUGUCAACAAAGAUGGGCGGUUUGAUUUAAAAUCAGCAAAAUUCUUUUGUUCUUAUUGCAAAUUGGUCACUAAAGCGUCAAUCAUUGACUAUAUUUGUUCUGGAUAUUAGCCAGGAGACCCUAAUAAUAUAUCCUACUUAAUUUCUGAGGAUUUAUUACGGUUUUCGUACCUUACUAAACACAACAUGCCUGGUACCUCUCUAAACAAGUUCUUGGAAACCCUUGAGACGCUGUUUGAAGGGUUUAGACCGUUCAAGCCAAUCAAUAAAAUUCAUUUUCAGAAUGCUAGUCGUCACUACGAAACUCUUAUGCACCUUAUUGACAACAAAAUCAAGCUAAGAGACAAAACACUCUGUUUUAGUUGUAAAGGUAUUAUGCUUGCUUCUCAUCCGGACGGAAAUUUCAAACUUUAUCGCCUGCGUUCUGCUUUGGGAUUAAACCUGACUUCUUUGUACGGAAAUGCGGUUAUUGCUUAUGAUGAAGACAUCGAGAAACACAAGUCGUUGAUCGACUCCAAAAUUUUUAAAGUACACCCAGGUUUCUUUCUUCACCGAUAUAAUAAUGUUUUGUUUUUUAGAGCAAGUCAAGUGAAACUUGUGGUGAUUCAAUUUUCAAGGCAGCAAGAUCCGACGCAAGAAAAAUAUAAAAAAUUAGACGAGACUGGGAUCAUGAUGCGAACAUGCAGACACGGCAUCGUAGACAAGGCCGUUAAUAUGCAUCAAGGAGAAACUUUUCGCCAUACGCAUUUUAUUCACGUUGAUCUUCCAGAAAAAAAAUGUUCUUUUCUUUGCGGCGAUGUUAUGUGCCGUUAUUGGAAGUGGGCCCAAAAGGUUGCGCUACUCUUUCCUGAAUUUCAGCCAAUGAUUAAAGACAUGAAGCCAUUUCUUGGAAGAAUGCAUGCAAAAGUGCACGUAUGGUACUGCCAGAUUCUUUGGGUUGGACAUUGGAUGUUAGAUGCUGCACUGACACUUGGAGAAGAGCAGGAACAGGUGUUCUCUAAAAUGUCAAGAUAUGGCAGCGUGACGAAACAUAUGGGAGGAGCAAAUCGCAGGGACCAUAUAACCGCUGCUGUUUUUUCUGGAAUGCGCAAAAGGAAAACGGAAUGGUUCAUCAACUUGUUAAAAGAAGGAAAAGAAUUUCUAGUAAGCAGCUUAAAAGUGAUUUUGAAACAUACCAUUUAAACGCUGAGGUACUUCCCAGGCUUCUUGAGGAACUGAGGAAGACAGCAGAAGAUUACAAAACGGGAAGGAAACAAAGCAAAGAUGAUGAGUCUCCGUUACAAAUGGCUCAAAAGGCUCUUGAAGGAUAUAACGCACAUCAAAAUCCUUAAAAGCCGAGUCUCCAGGAUUGCCACUACAUCCGAAAAAAAGGAUUAAAAUGAGAAAGGCAAUGACACUAAUGUCCAAAAAAAACGCCGAUCUCAUAAAAUUCAUCAAUGCAAAUUCCGAGUACAACAUCACUGAAGAAAGCUUGCUAAAUGGCCAUUUUCCGUGGCAAAACUAUGAACCAUCUACCAGCAAAUCAAGCACGACCUUUCACGAAAAAUUCCAGAUUAUUGACAAUUGGAUGUUGCUGUUGCGCUCAAACGAAGAAGUGUU